AUGCUGGCCCUGCUCCUCUUCCUCCUCCUCCUGCCCUCCGGUGGCGACCAGAAGCUGGAAGCAGCCUUCCCGCCCGUGUCCGGUCCGUCCGUGCUGCGCCUCCUGCAGACCACCACGUUCCACAAUGCCACCUCCGUGGCCACCGAGGCGCGGGGGCUGCUGGACGACAUCCCGCUGGGCUUCCUGGACAGCCGCACCUGGAGCAUCCACUUCCUGCAGCCCUGGGUGCAGCCAGCGCUGCCCCGCAGCGACUGGGACACCAUCAGCGACAUGGUCAAGAUCUACCUGAGCAAGUUCCACCACCUCAUCCAAGAAGGCGCCGUGUUGAAGCAGGUGCCCUACCCCUUCGUGGCCCAGUGCACCGGUGGCUGCCUGGUCUUCCCCAACGACACCGGCAGGGCCUUCGUCUACGUGGGCUACAACGGUGACGACUUCCUCACCUACGACAUGGACAAGGGGAGCUGGCUGCUGCUGCAGGACACCGAGCUGGCCAGGUACGUGCGGGACAGGCUGGAGAACUACACGGCCUUCACGGAGCUCAUCCAGGUGCUCUUCAACAACACCUGCGUGGACGACGUGCAGAUGAUCCUGCGUGCCGCCAAGGAGGCUCUGCAGAGGCAAGUGCCUCCGGUGGCCGUGGUCUUCGCCCAUGAGACGCCCGACCCGUCGCAGCUGCUUCUCGUGUGCCGCGUCACCGGCUUCUACCCGAGCGCCGUGCGCGUGUCCUGGCUGCGGGACGGUCACGAGGUGGCGCCGCAGCCCGGGCCGGGCUCCUCGCCGCUGCUGCCCAACGCCGACCUCACCUACCAGCUGCGGCGCGCGGUGGCCGCGGCGCCCGGCGCCGCGCACGGCUACGCCUGCCGCGUGCAGCACAGCAGCCUGGGCGGCCGCGACCUCCUGCUGCCCUGGGGGACCUCGGGCACUGCGCUCGUCGUGGGGCUCUCGGUGGCCGCGUCGGUGCUCGUGGCCGCCGCCGCCGCCGCCGCGUUCUGGGUGUGGAGACGCAGGCACUGCCGGGACACGGGCGAGUCGGAGCCGCGGGCCUCCAUCCUGAGCAGCGGGGAGGACACGGCCCCUGGUGCCGCUGCCCAGCAAUGA